AUGACGGGGAAAGCGGGGGAAGCGCUGAGCAAGCCCAAAUCCGAGACGGUGGCCAAGAGUACCUCGGGGGGCGCCCCGGCCAGGUGCACGGGCUUCGGCAUCCAGGAGAUCCUCGGCCUGAACAAGGAGCCCCCCAGCUCCCACCCGCGGGCCGCCCUCGACGGCCUGGCCCCCGGGCAUCUGCUGGCCGCGCGUUCGGUGCUCAGCCCGGCAGGGGUGGGCGGCAUGGGGCUGCUGGGGCCCGGGGGGCUCCCCGGCUUCUACGCGCAGCCCGCCUUCCUGGAGGUGCUGUCCGAGCCGCCGGGCGUCCACCUGCAGCCGCUGGGCAGAGCGUCGGGGCCGCUGGACACCAGCCAGACGGCCAGCUCGGACUCCGAGGAUGUCUCCUCCAGCGACCGGAAGAUGUCCAAAUCGGCUUUAAACCAGACCAAGAAACGCAAGAAGCGGAGGCACAGGACAAUCUUUACUUCCUAUCAGCUAGAGGAGCUGGAGAAGGCAUUCAAUGAAGCCCACUACCCAGACGUCUAUGCCCGGGAGAUGCUGGCCAUGAAAACGGAGCUGCCAGAAGACAGAAUACAGGUGUGGUUCCAGAACCGAAGAGCCAAAUGGAGGAAGAGAGAGAAAUGCUGGGGCCGCAGCAGUGUCAUGGCUGAGUAUGGGCUCUAUGGGGCCAUGGUUCGGCAUUCGAUCCCCCUGCCGGAGUCUAUCCUCAAGUCUGCCAAGGAUGGCAUCAUGGAUUCCUGUGCCCCAUGGCUACUGGGGAUGCACAAAAAGUCGCUGGAGGCAGCAGCUGAGUCGGGAAGGAAGCCAGAGGUGGAGCGCCAGGCCCUGCCCAAGCUCGACAAGAUGGAGCAGGAGGAACGGGCCCCAGAUGCUCAGGCAGCCAUCUCCCAGGAGGAACUAAGGGAGAACAGCAUUGCGGCCCUCCGAGCCAAAGCUCAGGAGCAUAGCACCAAGGUUCUGGGGACUGUAUCAGGGCCUGACAGCCUGGCCAGGAAUGCUGAGAAGCUAGAAGAGGAGGAAGCCAUGGAUGAAGACAGGCCAGCAGAGAAGCUCAGCCCCCCGCAGCUGGAGGACAUGGCUUAG